GCGGCUGCGGCCCAGCGGCGCGGCUGGCGACUGCCUUUACUGUAGAAGCAGGUGUUGCCGGAGCUGGGAGAGGGGUUUUCGUCAACCAAGAUGACUUCCAAAAGGACACCUUUGAGCUUUAGUGAAAGGCAUCAGAAAUUAGUAGAUGAAAACUACUUAAAAAAACUGCAUGUCCAGGCUCUUAAAAGGAUAGAGAAUCAAAUCAGAGACCUGAGAGUGCAGAAUGAAAAUGACGACCGUGUUGAACGCAGGAGAUUUCUCAGACUAUUACAGAAUGAACAGUUUGAGUUGGAUAUGGAAGAGGCCAUACAAAAGGCAGAAGAAAACAAAAGAUUGAGGGAACUCCAACUUGAACAAGAAGAAAAAUUGGCUACAGAAUUGGCUAAACUAAAGCACGAAAGCCUAAAGGAUGAAAAGAUGAGGCAACAAGUAAGAGAAAACAGUAUCGAGCUCAGAGAAUUGGAGAAGAAAUUAAAAGCAGCAUACAUGAAUAAAGAAAGGGCGGCUCAGAUCGCUGAAAAGGAUGCCAUUAAAUAUGAGCAGAUGAAACGUGAUGCUGAAAUAGCGAAAACCAUGAUGGAAGAACAUGAAAGAGUAAUAAAAGAAGAAAAUGCUGCAGAAGACAAACGGAACCAAGUAAAAGCACAAUACUAUGUUGACUUAGAGAAACAACUUGAAGAACAAGAAAAGAAAAAACAGGAAGCUUAUGAACAGUUGCUAAAAGAUAAACUCAUGAUUGAUGAAAUUGUCAGGAAAAUCUAUGAAGAAGAUCAGUUGGAAAGACAACAGAAGUUAGAAAAAAUGAAUGCAACUCGAAGGUAUAUAGAAGAGUUUCAGAGAGAGCAGGCUCUCUGGAGAAAAAAGAAAUGUGAGGAGAUGGAGGAAGAAAACAGAAAAAUCAUAGAGUAUGCCAAUAUGCGGCAGCAAAGAGAAGAAGAUCGGAUGGCAAAAGUUCAAGAGAAUGAAGAAAAAAGGCUACAGCUUCAGAAUGCGCUAACUCAGAAGUUGGAAGAGAUGCUACGGCAACGUGAAGAUUUGGAACAAGUGCGACAAGAAUUAUACCAGGAAGAACAAGAUGAAAUGAAUAAGAGAAAACAAAAAGAAGAAGCAGAAAGGAAAUUCAGAAAGCAAAAGGAGAUGAAGCAAAAUUUUGAACAACAAAUGGCCUUGAAGGAAUUAGUACUACAGGCUGCAAAAGAGGAAGAGGAGAUCUUCAGAAAAGCCAUGCUUGCUAAACUUGCUGAAGACGAUCGAAUUGAAUUGAUGAAUGCUCAGAAACAAAGAAUGAAGCAACUAGAGCAUAGAAGGGCUGUGGAAAAACUCAUUGAAGAGCGUCGCAACCAGUUCGUUGCAGACAAACAACGUGAACUGGAAGAAUGGCAGUUGCAGCAAAGAAGACAAGGAUGUAUUAAUGCAAUCAUUGAAGAAGAAAGACUAAAACUUCUCAAAGAACAUGCUACAAAAUUACUAGGAUAUCUUCCAAAAGGAGUAUUUAAAAAAGAGGAUGAUAUUGAUAUGCUUGGUGAAGAGUUUAGGAAAGCAUAUCAGAAAAGGAGUACAAUUUGUGAAGAGAAGUGAUACACCAUCAAGAUUUGGUAAAACCUGGAUUCUUCUGUAUGUUACCAGUAGAUGUCAGCAUAACUUUUGUUUUUACAGUUCAGUGACAGUAGGUAUCUAUGUUUGGAUUUUCUAAAACAUCACUGUAUCUCAUUUGUAAACAGUUAUCUAUAAGAAAGCAUUUGGGCUCUGACAGAAAAUUAAAUUACUGAAUAGUUUUGUAACUGCAAAAUUAAUUGCUUUUAGUCAAACUUUUAUUUUUGAUCAAAUUUAAAGAUUUAAAUUCUACAGCACAUAUUAGAAUAGCAUACCAUAUAUAUAUAAAACACUGUAUAUUAUAGGCCAAACACAGGACACUAACUUCUCCACACCUACUGUUCAGUUUUUUCUGCAGGCUCAUUCCUCAAGACAAUAUAUUCACCUUGACUAAUACAGAACUUGAGCCUGAAGUGUAGUAUACCCCCCGUCUACAUUACUGUGUUUUUGUUUAGGAACUUUGCUUCCCUGAUUUGGCCAGGGAAAAUAAAUAUUUAGGAUUAAUUUGAUUUUAAAGCACCUUUUUCUGUCUACUGUAAGGGAAAAGUAAAUAGUCAAAAGAACUUAGAAUUUCUCUCGUAUAAACUAUCAUUUAUGAAUUACAGCUGACUCUCCAGAACACAAAAUAUUCAAGUACACUUGUGAAAACUCAAAAGAAAAAGGGCUAAUAGAUCAUAAGAAAGAAAACAGAAUGACAAGUUAAAUUCUUGUUGCUUUAAUUUAUAAACUAUUUUCUUUUUCUAAUAAUCAUGUUUUGUACCCCCCAAAUCUAAACAUGAAUUUUCUGAAAUUAUUUUUAUCUCAUUAUCAGAUAUCUUCAUUACUUUUAAGAGUAAAAAUAAUUGAAGCCAUUAUAGCUUGCUCAGAUUAAACAAAGUAGAUAUCCAUCACACAUUUUCAGUUAUCCUAGACUAAUUGACAAAGAUCAUUUAUGAAUUUCCCCAUUCAAGUGCCUUCAUAAAUUCCUCUUCAGUGAAAGACAGCAUCUUGGCAGCUUCAACAUGCAUCUGUUUUAAAAAAAUCAAUAUUGUCUAAUUUAGUAUUAAAAGUAGGCCACAGAACAGAAAGGUGUGUGUAUAAGAUGCUAUCAAGUUAUAGGUAAGUUCUGUUGUCGGAAUGUAUAUUCUAAUUCCAAAAAAUUCAUGGGGCCAGCCUAUAAAAGCCUAUUUGUCCAACUGUGCCAUUGUACCACCCUACUGUUAAAAUAAUAAUGCAAUAAUAUUGUAAUACAUGGCCUUUGCAAAAAGGGAAAGUGGAAGAACCAUGAAUUCGUAUCUUCUUAACACCAAGUGUACAGAGAAGGGAACAACGGGUUUGGAAUCAAUAUUCCCUCUUUUCAGUUUCAAGAGGCACACUAAUGCCCUAAGUAAUAGUUAUACUUACUUAUGAUACUUUAUUUAAUUAGGGAGGACCCUAUGAUAUUUACUAGUCCUGUUUUCCAUAUUACUAAUUUACUUGCAUAAAAAUAUCCAUUUGCUUGAUGAUACACUAUAUAUAAAUUUGAACA